AUGGAAUGUUUAUUUUGUAAAAUUGUCAAAGAAAUAAAAAGCCUUGCUGCUAAAAAAGAAGUUUAUUUAGUAGGAGAAAAUGAAGAAGUAAUAGCCAUUUUAGACAAGUUUCCAGUCAGUGAUGAAGUUAUUAGCAAAUUAGUAGCAGUUUUUAAACCAGCCGGAUUUAAUAUUAUUAGUAAUAUGGAGAAAAUAGCUGCUCAAAGCAUUUUUCACUUACAUAUCCAUAUUAUUCCAAAAUACAUAGAAAGUGAAGGGUUUAUUUGA